GUGUGUCCAAAAUUACUCAUGAUUUGAGUCAUGCAACUAUAGACGAUGAGAACGCGGAAGAUGCAGAUUUUGAUGAAGAUGGGGAGGAGCAUGACAAUUGAAGCGGAGCCAAGAGGCUGCUUGCUUGCUUCCUACGACACAGAUGCGAUUAUGAGUUGAAAGAGUUGGAGGACAAGUACCAGACAUUGAGAUGUUUUUUACUUUUUUUCCCCUUUCUGAACGUGAACAUGAACCAUGAGUUGUAUUUUCUGUUUUCUACCAUUGAGGAUGUUUAUGGGAGACUA